AUGGCGGAGGAAAGCCUGGAGACAGAUGAUCCCAGGUCCUCCAUGCCGGCUGAGCUCCACCAUCUCCACUCUAAGUACGCUCAGUGGAAGUUCAAACUGUUUCGAGUGAGGUCCAUGGAGAAGGCCCCUCUGCCCAGUGAGACCCAACCUGAGAAAGGAGCCUUGUUAGGGAUCUCACCUACUGCAGCUCCAAAUAUAGAGAUAGAUGAUGGUGCAAGUCCAGGCAGUGUCAUGAAAUUGUGCCUAGGGGGAAAAAGCAAGGAGAAUGUGGAGGGCCCAGGCCGAAGGAUAGAUAUGAAGCUACAAGAAAUGGAGACCCAUAUGAACUACCUCAGGUGCUUGUGUCGUCUCUGUGGAAUGGCCUUGAGAAAAGUCAAAGGCCCGGUGAAUGAUGUUCAUAGUGAUCUGGAUGCGGCAGGCAAAGGUGCUCUGCGUAGAAUGGGCUGCAAGUUUACCAGCUGGUCAGAUGUCAUCCUCAAAGUCUUCAAAGUGGAUGUGACCGAGGACACAGAAUCUACCCACCCUUCAUCUUUCUGCCAUCGCUGCUGGAUGGUUGCCAUGCGUGGAGGGGGUGUCUGCAGCUUCUCCAGAACAAGAGUCCCCGAGUGGAAACCUCACUCUUCCCACUGCCACCUCUGCUUUCCCAGGAAACCUUCACUUCAGCGGACUGGUAGGAAGAGGCAGAAAGCCAUUCGCAGAGCCCAGAGCCUUGCAAAAAGGAUAAAGAAGGAUCAUGGCAACAGCAUUGUCAUUGGAGAGAGGAGGACUCUGAGACCAUUUGGAAACAGUCAUCAGGGCCCUGUGCUUAGGGGGUGGAGGAAACCCAGCUUACAGAGGGAGCAAUGGGUGAAGAACAUCACCAAAUGCCAGAAAGAGCACCUCAGUACUAAGAUGAUUUCUGAGAAUCUCCCUGCAGACUUCCUUCAUUCUUUCAGCUGUAUGGUGUGUGACCACCUGCUCUCUGAUCCUGUCCAGUCCCCAUGUGGGCACCUCUUCUGCAGGGCCUGUAUCAUGAAGUAUUACUACGUCCUGGGACCACAUUGCCCGGCCUGCAACUUGCCCUGUGCCCCUGAAGAUUUUAUAACGCCUGCCAAAGCAUUCUUAUCAGCCCUACUUUCUCUGCCUCUGCUCUGCUCGAGCAGUGGCUGCGGCAAGCAAGUAAGCCUGGACUCAUUCAAAGCUCAUUGUCUGAGUCAUGAACUGGAUGAGCAGGAUGCAAACCAGCAAUCAUCAGAACUCGACAACUACCUGCUGGCCAACAAAGGGGGGCGACCCCGUCAGCACUUGCUAAUGCUAACCCGCCGUGCCCAGAAGCACAGGCUGAGAGAGCUAAAGAACCAGGUGAAGGUGUUUGCGGACAAAGAGGAAGGCGGUGACCUGAAGUCUGUGUGUCAGACUCUGUUCCUGCUCGCGCUGAGAUCUGGGAAUGAACACCGACAGGCAGAUGAGCUUGAAGCCACGCUGCAAGGCAGAGGCUUUGGGUUGCAACCUGCUGUGUGUUUAGCCAUCCGGGUCAACACUUUCCUGAGCUGCAGCCAGUAUCAUAAGAUGUACAGGACUGUCAAAGCCACCAGUGGCCGCCAGAUCUUUCAGCCCCUGCACAGCCUGCGAGCUGCAGAAAAGGAGCUUCUCCCUGGAUUUCACCAGUUUGAAUGGCAGCCAGCGCUCAAGAAUGUGUCUACAUCUUGCAAUGUCGGCAUUAUUAAUGGGCUUUCUGGAUCGGCCUCCUCUGUGGAUGACUCCCCAGCUGACACUAUCACACGCCGGUUUCGCUAUGAUGUGGCAUUGGUGUCAGCCUUAAAGGAUCUGGAGGAGGACAUCAUGGAGGGCCUGAGAGCAAGUGGGCUGGAAGACAGUGCUUGCAUGUUGGGCUUCAGUGUCAUGAUCAAGGAAUCCUGUGACGGCAUGGGCGAUGUCAGCGAGAAGCACGGCGGAGGACCAGCUGUUGCUGAGAAGGCUGUACGUUUCUCUUUCACUGUUAUGUCAGUCUCUGUCCUGGCAGAGGACAAGGGGAAAGAGGUUACCAUUUUCACUGAGCCAAAGCCAAACUCAGAACUGUCCUGUAAACCCCUUUGCUUGACAUUUGUGGAUGAAUCAGACCACGAGACACUCACGUCAGUCUUGAGCCCUGUUGUUGCAGAGCGUGAGGCGAUGAAAGAAAGUAGGCUCAUCCUAUCCAUGGGUGGACUGCCUUGCUCCUUCAGCUUACACUUCAGAGGCACAGGAUAUGAUGAGAAGAUGGUGCGUGAGAUGGAGGGCCUCGAGGCUUCAGGGUCCACCUACAUCUGCACUCUUUGUGACUCAAGUCGAGCAGAGGCCUCUCAAAACAUGGUGCUCCACUCUGUCACACGCAGUCACGGGGAGAGCCUCGAACGUUAUGAAAUAUGGAGAACCAACCCUUUUUCUGAGUCAGUAGAUGAGCUUCGAGACAGGGUCAAAGGCGUCUCCGCCAAGCCCUUCAUGGAGACUCAUCCAACCCUUGACGCUUUACACUGUGACAUUGGUAAUGCCAUUGAGUUCUACAAAAUCUUCCAGGACGAGAUCGGGGAGGUGUUCCAAAAGGUCAACCCUACCCGGGAGGAAAGGCGCAGCUGGAGGGCAGCCCUAGACAAACAGCUGAGGAAGAAGAUGAAGCUCAAACCAGUAAUGAGGAUGAAUGGGAACUAUGCCCGCAGGCUAAUGACCCUGGAGGCUGUAGAGGUGGUGUGUGAGUUGGUGCCCACGGAGGAGAGAAGGGAGGCCCUGAGGGAGCUCAUGAAGCUCUACAUCCAGAUGAAGCCUGUUUGGCGCGCCACCUGCCCAGCAGAAGAGUGCCCUGACCAGCUGUGUCAGUACAGCUUCAACUCCCAGCGCUUUGCAGACCUCCUCUCCUCCACCUUCAAAUACAGGUACAAUGGAAAGAUAACCAAUUACCUGCACAAAACCCUGGCCCAUGUACCUGAAAUCAUAGAGAGAGAUGGAUCCAUAGGGGCCUGGGCAAGCGAGGGGAAUGAGUCAGCAAACAAACUGUUCCGGCGUUUCAGAAAGAUGAACGCACGUCAGUCGAAGGCCUUUGAACUGGAGGAUGUGCUGAAACAUCACUGGCUCUACACCUCCAAGUACCUGCAGAAGUUUAUGGAAGCUCACAAAGACUCUGCCAAAGCUUUCCAAGCUACCAUUGACCCUGUAGAGAGCCAGGAUAAUGAGUACUUGUCUCUGGAAAUGAAUGAGUUUUGAUUAUUCUUUAAUGUAAAACUUGAGAAUUAGGACUAUAUUUCAAAUGAUAUUUUACCUACUUCUUUUAGUAAAUUGCCCUGUUUAACAAAAUUUCAUUUACUUUCUUAACCUUUUGAUUGGUGUAAUAAUAACAGGGGAAUGAAGCCAGUGUCUGGCCGGAGGCUGGACAUAAAAUAAUUGGAAAAUAAAUUGAAAAAUGUUUUUCUCACACCAUGGUUUUAAAUGCAUGUUAUUCUUGUGGUUAACCUUUACUUGUAUUGUACUUGUACUCUGUCUUGUUGCUGAAAUGUGCUUAACAAGGACAUUUAGCUUGCCUUACAUUGUUAGCUGUUAAUUACUGUGCAGACGAGACUGCAGCGGGAUAUAGAAAUAACACACAGGAUUCUUUUCUCCUGCUCUUAGCGGAGGGAUUCUUUUUAUUUUUUUUGUCUUCACCGUCUGUGAAAUAUGGCACAGUUUAUUGUAUUGCAAGGGUAUGACACAUUUAUGAAUUUAUAUGGAGAGGAUAUUUAUGGAAACAGAUGAAAGAACUGUAACUCAUUGAGGGAAAUUGUGUUAAAAAGACCACAUUUGUGGCCAUCGUAUUAAUAUAUCAUUUUGAGCUGAAGCGAAAUGCAAUCACAGAGACCCAAAUGUUCUUUGUUUCAUGAGCACCCUAUGAAAAAGAUUACUUUAGUGCUUUAUCUUAAGAUCCCUGAGGGCCACAAUAGAUGCCAGGUCACUUUGAACCAAUUUUAUCUUUUUUAGUUUUUGCACACAGUGGAAUAGAUGAUACUUAUUCCACUUCACGUAAAAUGAAGCAUAUACUGACCUUUUUGUUGAUAUCAUAAAACACAGUAUGGUCCAUUACAGAGCCUAAUACUCCAUGGACUCUCCAGAAGGCAGGGAUUUGUCUUAAGUCCUGCAUAGAAGCUGGCUCUUUUUCUCUUGCUGAUAUUUCUUCAUUGGCUUUGCUGACAGAAAAGAGGGAUGGGAGGGAGCCCCAAAGAUCUCAUGUAAACUGAUUUCUUGUCAACUUUAUUUGUUUGAUUGAUUGAUUAUUUUUCUUUUUCUGCACUCACAAUUUUGUGUCUUGACAGGCAAUUUUGUUUUCUUACUUGAUUGAAUGUUUGAUGUCAUCAGCUUAACCACAAGAUAGCUGUAAAACAUUCACAUUUCAUUCCACAGUUGUCACAGACCUACAAUAACAUCGUG